GACCAUGUAGGUGCAAAAGUGUCAAAAGUGCAAGCAACGCAAGCAAACUUUUUGUCGAAAAGUUAUCAAACUCGAACAUGGAAAUAGCCUUAGUGUCUAGUGAUUUUUAAACGAGAUGAGAAUCUGAUUGGCUGUCCAAUCUCAAGUAUAUAGGGACAGAAGUCAGCACCAAUGACUCCUUCCUUCUCUUCAUCAUUACUGAAUCGCCAUUGCAUCCUCUCUGAGGUCGAAGUUUCUCUUUCCGCUGCAUCGAACCGGCGUCCAUUUUCCUUGUUAGCUUGCCCGCGUUCGGAGCAUCUUUGUGAGAUCGUCAUAAGUUCCUGGCGCAACAUAUUCGAAAUCCAUUAUGGACGGUGCACCUGUUGGUAGAGGAGGAUUCCGAGGCCGUGGAGGCCCUGGAGGAUUAAUGAGAGGACGGGGUGGUUUUGGAGACAGAGGAAGGGGUGGUCCUCCUCGAGGUGGUGGUAUGAUGCGUGGUGGACGAGGCAGUGGACCUGGUGGAGGUAUGAGAGGAGGUCCUCCUGGAAUGAGAGGCAGAGGUGGUCCUCCAGGUCGCGGUGGGCGUGGUGGACAUUUUCCACCGAGCGGACCACCGGAACCUGGUAUGUCCAGUGGACCUGGUGGUGGACCACCACCUCUAGGAAUGGGAGGUCCUCCACGAGGUGGAAAUAGGGGUGGUGGUAACAACAGCUUCCGCGGCAGAGGUAGAGGAGACUUUGGUAGAGGCGACAGUCGCGGAGGUAACAAUAAUUUCCGCGGUCGUGGUGGUAUGGAUAGAGGUGGCAGAGGAGGAUCCAGGGGAUCUGGUAGAGGUGGACCAGGCGGCAGGGGCGGUUUUAAUGAUCGCGGUAGAGGGCUUGGCGGUGGCCGUGGUGGUCCGACCAAGCGAGGUGGUGGUCCACCGAGUUCCAACGGACCGUCGAAAAGACCUCGUUUCGAUCAGCCGUCUUCACAGCCAUCAAAUGGCUAUGCUACUCAACCAUCCAACCAAGGUGGCUACGGAGGAGGCUCGAAUAACGCUUACGGUGGUCAGCAGCAACCGCAGCAACAGUCUGUGGGAUACAGCGGUGGUGGCGGAUAUGGCUCGCAGCAGGGAUAUACACAGUCUUAUCCUGGUUACGAAAGCUACCAGCAACCUCCGGAUUACUCGCAGACAACUGGCUAUCCGUCAUCUGCCCCACCGGACAACAGAUACGGUGGCGGAGCGUCGUCAGUUCCAGCUACCGGAGGCUUUAACGAUCCCUACAAUUACGGCAAAGCACCGCCAUCAGAUUAUUCAAGUCAAGACGGGGUUUAUGGGAAGCAAGACUACGGUGGCAGUGCUGGUUACCAAAACGCCCAGUCUCAACGACGUUAUUAAAGAUCCGACACAGUAAAUCCGCUCGUUAAUUUUAUAUAUAGGUAGACGACAUUUUUGCUGAACGUAAAAUAUAAAAAGAACAGAAAAUGAAAAAAAAGAGAGAGGAAAAGAGAAUAUGGAGGUAAAAGAGAAGGAUUCGGUCGGCGCACGUAAAGGGAUAGAGGAAGAGAUUUGUUAUGCAUCUCCCUUCUUGAAAUUGUGAGAUAAGAGAAUCGAACGCGACGAUAAUAGCGAUGACGAUGAUGAUAAUAAUAAUAACAAUAGUCGGAGUAUCCUAAAAGCAAAGUCCCUUUCACAAAAGAGCCAUCAUCGCGAAGAGCUGUAUCGUGUGCGUUUAUUUUAGUUUCUAUUCUCAGACUCCGCGUAGCGUGAUCUCGGGAAAGAUGGGAAUCGAUAUUUACGUAUAGACACACGCAUAGACACUUUCUGACGAAUGCGAAGUGGAGUUUUUUCAGUGCGAUAUUUCCGUCCGAUUCGGCCACUGCGGAAUUUCAGAGGUUUUCUAGUCGACUGAUAGUUAGAUCCUAUCUAAAUUGAGCCGGGAUCAUCCAGCAAGUUUCAUUCUGACAGUACAUAUUCGCGAAAUUGAACAAAUAUAAUAUAAAUGUGUACACAAAAUUUCGGGAUUUGUGUGUAAAAUUCGGACAGGAUUCCGAAUUUUUUAAUCUUCAUUUUCGUUUAUUUUCGUUGAUUAAGUAUGAGGUUCGAAAUUUAUAGACUAAUAAAUAUACAAAUUAUAUUAACACGUGGGCUGUCGGAGAUAGUCACUGGUGGCCAGUCCUGAUGAUUUUUUACCACGUCUUAUUAAUUCAAGACUAAUUGCACUCACAUAUUAAGUAUCGUAAUCGAUAAGGAACUAAGGAAACUAACUGAGGUACAUAUAUUAUAUAUAUACACAUAUAUAUAUAUAUAUAUAUAUAUAUAUAUAUAUAUAUAUAUAUAUAUAUAUAUCUGGAACUGUAUAAUUUACUAUGAGCUCUCAGUUAUUCGAGUUUCAAUUAGAACUUGGAACAAUUAGUGGGAAUCAUCGUGGCGGUCAACGUGUUGAAUAAUUUAUUUUUGGUUUAAGUCGUUUAUAUAAUGCAUUUAAAAGAAUUGACAUAUUUUAGAAAUUAAAAAGAGAUAGUGCAAAGACGUGAGAAUAUGCAGGGCGUGCCACAAUUCGUGACUCUUUAAUUUUACUUCGACUCCGAACUGCCCGGAGUAUCUGCCGUUGAAAUUGAAGUGUCACAAGUUGUGAGACAUCCGUUAUAUAUUUUGCAUAAGGAGAUGCUAAUAAUCUAUAUAAAUAUAUAUAUAUAUAUAUAUGUAUUUAAUAUAUAUAUGUAUAAAUAUAUUUAAUAUAUAUAUGUAUUUAAUAUUCUUUAUCUUUAAUAAAAAGAUUUAAUAAAAAUAUUUGAUAUAAUAUCAUAAUUUAACAAGAAGUAAUUUGUUAAUACUUCGAUUGAAAUUUCUACCGGGGAAAAAUCGGCUUCGCAUCCGUCAGAAGUGAGACUUGUGUUUCCACUGAUUUCCAGCUUUCCGCGAGCUUUAUUUUCGAGGGAUUUUUCCGUUCCUGUUUAGCUGUCCUGUUGGUCGCGCAGAACAACUUUCGACCGACUCGAUUGAUUUAAACACUCUCCGAUAUAGGGAAUAAUAUUUUAUACUUGACACUCAGCAGUUACUAUUACUUACACGUCAUUAUGUCGCUUAUACGACGAUUUCUAGAAUUAAGUAUAGUCUCGACCGUCACGCUCUCGUUCUUGUUUCAUUCAUUUAAGCGAGAAGUAGCGUAAUCUAAUAUUAACAGUAAUUUGAUCACAUACAUACACCAAUAGACGAUAGAAUGAUAACGAUUGCUAACGACACAACUUGCGAAUGUAUAGGCGAUUCCCUGUUCUGUAAAUAGCAAUUCGGAAAUAAAACUGAUUGAGGAGAAGGAUACGACGCGCGAAAAUGUAGAAUGGACUUGUGAACUUAAGCAAAUUCAGACUUAUGAACUACGUAUUUCACGUCUCCGAAGGCGAGGCUUAUCUUUUACUGAAUUCAUUGAAGUCGUCGACGUUUUUUUAUACACGCCUAAAUUUCACGAUUCGCCAAAUACACCGUCGAAUUUUCUUUCAUGACAUUUGUAAUUCUGUGUGUAAUUCGGUGGGCGAUCAAUAUCGUCGUCGGUUAUUAGCUAAUAUAACGAUUGACGUCGUUUGAAAACUUUUAAGAAGCAAUCAGCUGAUUCGUCGAGAAACGACGAUCGAAGGAAAUUAGGAUUAGAGUCCUUAACAAAGAGUCUUUCAUCCAGCGAGGAAUUGUAGCAACCGAAACUAAACGAUUGAAACUCUAGACUAUGAACGAGAUUUGAUUCUAUGAUGUUGAAUUACCUUACGUUAUCUUAUAAUAGUUAACAAACUUUUUGCUUAAAUAAUUUAUACUGCGUUUCUUGUAUACGAUGAUUUCAUUCUAUGAAUAACUCUAUACAUACAUAUGCAUAUAUAUAUAUAUAUAUACAUACAUAGAAAAUUCUACAUAUAAAGCGUACACACACGAGAGUCAUGUUAUCAUGUUUCAAUAUAUUGUAAGUGACUACUCGAUUUAAAUGAAAAGCACGCUGAAUGCAGAAAAAUGAAAAAAACUGUACAAAAGCAUCACACCGAAGAUUUGCUGUUAUUGUCACCUCACCUCCGGCACGAGAGAGACACAGAAAAAAAGUACGGACGCAAAACCAGCAACUGCCCUAGGAAGAGACAGGCUAAUCUCGCAAAGAGCGAAUGGGCAAAUAAGCGAUUAAUGAGCGAAAGAUCGUCUCAAUAGUGUAGCGAUGAAGUAGGUAUGAAGCUUUUUUACGAAAUCCUAGUAGAUUAGAGAUUACUACCCGCUCGGGCGAUCUGCUGGGUUCUCGUGGAUCUACCGAGCCACACCACCACCACCAUUUAUCCAUUACCCUUCGUUCACGGAUUUUUCGAUCGAAUUUGAAGCUGGUUCUUUGUUAACGAAAACCUCGAGAGGUGAAAACGAUAGUUGCAAUCCUGAAAGAAAAGAAGUUGAUUUUAGGAAUGCAAAUUUUUUAUAGUUCAAGGAAAACUAGAAGGAUAUUUAAUAUCUUGAAAACGAGAAAAAAUUCAAGGUUAUAAUAAUCCUCGGUAUUUUCGCUAAAAGAAAAUCGACUUCAGAUUUAUCGAAAAAAUCCAUGAACGAAGGGUAAUGAUUAGGGGGUCUGAGAAACCAUAGAAUCCAAGAUUCAAAAUAUUAUAAAGAUAAAUAAUUACAAAAAAUAUGCAGAUUUAAGAAAGUAUAAGGUUUGAUUCACAACAUUGAAGGUUUAAAAAAAAAUAGAUUAAAGAGUAUCGUAGAAAAAUCCAAAAGGAAAGCUCUUUUUAAGAAGAUCGCAAAUUCUAUAGUUUCACUAUAACGUCUCACUAUUCCAAAGAAAUAGUUCUAACAUUUCACUCCUUGCGUCAUACUUAAGCGUAGCAUUGCAAGCAAUUGACGUAACUAUAGCUCGAGAUAAAUGUGUGAGUCUUCAUAUAUAUCUCGUCCGUUUCCCUGUACUAUAUAAUAAUGAGCGAAAAAAUGAAUCGAAAAAUUCAGGCCGAAGUUAAGUUCCAUUCGCGACGUAUCUAUUCCAUCUUAACUCGAUCAUAGUAUAUCGUUUAUAGUAUUAUAAUACUACUAAUCAAGUGCUAUACACUAAAUUAAGAAACGAUGUAAGUACAACUAGAGCAUAACACAAAGUCUAUCAGCGGCGUGUUUGGAUACUCAGAAUACUAAUCUAAUGAAAAAUUUGACGAAAACUGAGUUUAUUUCACAGGCGUAACGACAAGCUGAGAUACUUAGGAAACAAUGAAUGAAAGAGAGAAAAAGAGAGACAAAAACAUAGAAAGAAUAUCGCCCCUCCAGCAAGAGAGAGAACAUGCCAAAAUCUUUAAACGAAAAAAUAGCCCGAGAAAAAGAAAACUGAUAAAAGUAACUUUGAUAAAGUUAUUAUCCUUGAUUGCACGGUUGCUUCGUUGAUAGUCAAUACAAACUCGAGUAAUAUGUACAAAUUAGUGUCCUUCGCUUUAUGAACAAUUGCUUCACGUUUACAACCCCUAUAUAAUAUGUAAUAUUUACUCGACAUAUAUAUACAUAUAUAUUGAA